AUGGUUUGGAAUCGCGCUAACGGAGUCGGCCAGACUCUAAUGGAGAACUGGGUCGAGGAACGUGCUGUCGGCGAAAAGAUCGUCGAGGAGCGCGAGAACAUGGCACGCGUCAGCAAGAUGGGCCACUCGGGCAUUCUCACGCACGGCUCGACAGCCUUUCCAAAGGCAACGUCCUACACCGAUACCUUCACAGCCUCGCAUCGUGAUGCCAGCAAGCACUCGGUUGGCAAACGGCGACAGAUGCUCGAAGCCGAGUUGAUGAAGCAGGCGCUGGACGAGAUGAAGGAGCCACCAAUCGAUCGUUCGGCCAAAGACUGGCUUUCUACCAACCACUCGGACUACUCCCACAUGGACUACUACGAGCCCGUGCGCGAUCUCGGAUCUGUCCGCCCAUCACAGGAGGAGCUGCAAAAACACGACAUGCCGGUCACCUUCUGGUCCGACCAUGCGGUGCGAGGCCACGGCACUGUGAUCUGCAGCACCACAUCCAAGCAACUCACCAACCUGGGCAUUCCCGUUGGCGAUGAGCAUCUGUGCGCCAUCAAACGCUUUGGCCGCCAUACGGCCUUUACAACUCCGAUCGAGGAAUUCAAAGGCGGCCCGACCAAAAUGCUCUAG